GCCAACUUUGCUUUGCUCUGCUCGUUCUUGCUUUCUUGUUGCUUGCCGGCCGUGGCCCACGACCAUCAGCAUCACCUGCAACCAACAGCAGCCAGCCAACAAACCAAAAAAACCAUCACCGACCGACCUGCGUCCUCCCUUCUCCUCCCCCUUUUCCUUCCUCGCCUUCGCUCCUCUCUAUUCACACGCAUCCUAGCCCGGCCCAGGGAUCGUCGUCAUUGAACGCGUGCUCGUGUGUAUCCUCCCACUCCCUCCUCCCUCCUCUUGCAUCCUAUCCUCCUUUUCUCCACUCCACACCAAGCGCACUCGCACAUUUCCUUGGCGCAAACAGGCUUGACAACGAACACACACUCAAAAGUCAGCCAUCUUGUCACCUGAAGAUCCCUCCCUCGACUUGUGUGUCAAUUGUGGGUGCGCACAUCUUUGUCCCACCGCCACGAACUGGCUAGCUAGUAACGGCAGCAGAUCAAAGUAUCUUCAUCUGCGCCUGGUGUUUUGUACAUUACCGAGGAGACUUGCCUGCGUGCAAGCACUUGAGAGCGAAAGCCGGUUGCUUGCAAGCAACGCAAACCACAACAUCGGACAGCUGUUGUUGUCGAGUGGGUUCGACCUCUCUUUUCUUCUGAUCUCUGUGUCUGCCUUCACUCGCCUUUUCAUCUCCUGCACGAGGGCGCUGGGCGCUUGAUCACAAGUAUCUCUCUCUCUCUCCCUCUCGGUUCCCACACGCACAUACACACGCACACACAUACACACAUACACACACACACAUACAUACACACACACACACACACUUUCUCUCUCCUUCUCACACACGAUCUCUUGGUUUCCACUUGCGCGAGCGCGUGUGUUCCGUUCUUCCAUCCACUCGUCUUCAUUGUUGUUGCCUUUGUUGCGUAUUGCUGUGACCACGAUCCUUCGUUCUCUCUUCUCUGUCUUCUUCGUGUGCGGUUGUGCAUGCAAUGCUGCUGCCCGGAGCGCAAAACAAGAUGGACAAGUACUCGCGCGUGAAACUGUUGGGCAAGGGGACGUUUGGCAAGGCCUGGAAGGUGCGCAACUGCGAGGACCACAAGGAGUAUGUGGCCAAACAAAUCAAGUGCGAAUCACGGCAAGAUCUCAAGGACGCACUUCAGGAGGCCGAGGUCCUCUCCAAGCUGGGACACACUCACAUUGUCAGUUACUCAAAGGUGAUCCAGAAUUCGCCAAAGAUGGUGACCAUCAUCAUGGAGUACUGUGCCGGUGGUGAUGUUGGAGAGAAGAUUUCCCGCCGAAAGUUCCGCAACCAGUACUUUGACGAGAACACCAUUCAGCUGUGGAUUGUGCAGGCUGCAGAAGCCCUCAACUACCUGCACGCAAAAGGCAUUUUGCAUCGCGACGUCAAGCCCGCCAACUUGUUUCUCACGGCGGACGCCACUGUCAAGCUGGGCGAUUUUGGUAUUGCCCGUAUCAUGGAUCGCAACGCCAUCAUGCCUGCUGAGCGCACAACCAAGACCCCGGUCGGCACGCCCAUGUACUUUUCCCCAGAGAUGUGUUCUGGGAAACGGUACGGCCAAAAGGCGGACGUCUGGGCUCUCGGCUGUGUGCUCUACGAGUGUGCUGCGUUACGCCCUGCAUUUACAGCGACAUCCAUGGACUCCUUGACAGCCAAGAUCAAGCGGGGUCACCACGAUAAGCACUUGCCCACGCGCUAUGGGCAUGGCCUGCGCAAGCUCAUUGCUCGCAUGCUCUCACUGGAUCCCAUGCAUCGGCCCACGGCGUACGAGGUGCUGCAUUCCGAGUACCUUGCCCUCGCUGCCAUGGAAAACCGCCGUCUCAACGCCGCCAAGCAACCGCACCCACAUGUCCACGACCCUGCGGAAGCAAAGAACUCCCACGCACCCAACAUCAUGGUCAUUGAUGACGACCCGCUGCAUGCAAUCUUGUCAAAGGACAUGCCACCAGCGCAGAGGAAGCUGUCUCCGUUGAAAGGGCGGCGGGAGAAAGGCGUGCAUAACCCGCCGGCGAAGCAGCAUCGCAGAGGCGCCGACGACCACCUGUUCAUGGUGGAGGGCCGUGUGAACCAGCUGCAGUCGCGCGAGGGCAGCAGGCCCACCUCCACCGACAAGAAGAGGCCCCCACACCAGCAGCAGCACCCGGGGCAGCCUGGGCGGCGAGCAAGGUCGCCGCGCGACCCACGGGAAGCGGGCCAGGCGUACAUACCGUCACGGGGCGGUGGGGUGCGGCACUCGCCGUUGGUGGCAGGCCAGCAGCACCAGCACGUCAGACCCAGCGGCUCCCCGCAUGCGGCGGCUCACUUGAGCCCCGGGCUGCGCCGCAAGAGCGACUUUGAGCUCGUCAGGCAGCGGAACGUGCGCUCUGGCCGACGGGACUCACCCUCCUCCAACCAGCACCCGCAACUGCACCAGCAGCACCAGCAUCAGCACCAACACCAGGCGCCACCGGACAGCUACGUUGCGCAGCUGCAAGCGCACCGCCGUCACAGCGUGGAUGUGCUCCCUUCCAUGCCGCACAGCCGCGCCAAGAGCCCAGCAGGGCGCUAUCAGUUCAAUGCGCGCCAAAACCACAUCACCCCUGGCCAGGGCGGCGGCCGCUACAACUUUGGUGGCGCCAGGAGGUAGUGGCGCGUGGGAUGUGCGCGCGUGCGUGUGUGUGUGCAGGGUGUGUGGUGUGUGGCGUGACAUUGGACGAGAGUCGGUAAUCAAAGUCUUCGAGUACAGAGAGCCUAGCCCAAAGCCAGUGGGUUUGGGUUUUGCUGGUUUUGGGUUGCAUGACAGCAAGGAGGAGGGUAACAAAGGUGUGUGAAGGGUGAUCUUCCGUUUGCUGCACUGCAUUGUGGAUUGGUUCUGGCCGUUUGGGGUGGGAGGGGGCUGUUUUGUCUGGGUUGUCGCUCCUGGCUUGUCACUGUUGAACCUCUGCUGCUGCUUGCUUAGUUGCUUGCUUGCAUUGCUGCUACUUGAUUGCUGCUCUCCUUUGCGCGUUGUUGAUCCCUUGCUCGGAUUUGCUUCGACUCGCUGCCGCUGGCUGUGCAAACUGUUGUUACCCUGUUACGGCGACAGCUACGAUGGUCGUGUGUACAUACAAAGAUGCAGAAAGCAGUGCAGCAUGCAUGCAAGAAGUUUUUGUGUGAUGUGAAAAUGGC